AUGUGCCUAAUGGUCCAUCAUAUAGCACUAGGGGCAGCUCCACCGCCAUUAGAUUACCUAGUACCACCGCCUCGACCUGCAGUAGCAUCAUUGCCGUCUGCCGCCACACGUUUGCAUUCGGCUGUAAGACCUGUUAAUUCGUUACCCAGUGAAAGCCGUACUGUACCACACUAUGCCUUUCCAAACAGUCAAGCCUUUGCAAAGACCGUGAGUGAGCCCGGUCUGAUAAGUCGAAUGGCACGAUGGUUUGGCUUUGCCAAUGAGAACUAUUCUCAAGAUCCCCAAGCUAGUGCGGCGGCGAGUACAAAUAAUCACCUCUACUAUUAUCCAAAACCACAACAGCAUAGUUCCGGUAGCAAGGAACCAUGCAAUUUAUGCAAUAAAUAUCCUUGGGUACCGAUGAUGCACAACAGCGUCCAGUAUCCAUGGGAUCCCAGCAAACAACAGCCACAGCUGUACAAGCAACAGGCAGUGCCACAAUUGCAACAUGCCGCAUCUAGUGUAGUAAAACAAAGAGCAGUUCAAUUUCACUACCCUCCCGCCGGACCAUCGGUAUCCUCUCACACCGGUCAGUCGGUUCCGCCACAAGUAGCAAGUAAUGGAGGUGCGGGACAACAUUCACCCAAUCAACUACAAUAUUCUUCUGGACCAUUCAUUCCAAUUCCUAUACCGAAUUUAAGUAACUCUGCCCAACUCCCCAUUUAUAAUGCCCGACCAUUCCAUCAACCUUCGUCGGGCCAAUCCACACAAUUCACUGCUCAAACGCAUCAUCAUCAACAACAUCAACCAACCAUCCCCACUUCAUCGCCGCCAAUUCACCAGCAACUUCCUUCAACGGAGGCAGCCCACUUUACAGACAGCAUAGCAUCGGCCCAUUCCGAAAUCCACUUGGACACCGUAAUUCCAACUCAAAUCCCCCCAACAACACAAAACAAUGAUGCCAGUUUUGAAAUCAUAAAAAGCCACCAAGUGGCCGAUUACGUUUCCUCUGUCGAGUAUCCUGCUUCAUUCGUGCAAACACAAGCCUUCGAUAUUCAAUCCACCAGUUCAAGUUUGCCCAGAGAUCAGCAAUCGGACACCAAACCUGUGGUCAAUACUGGGCGGUAUCAACAUUCAACAUUGAGCCCAUAUCUCAAUCAGCAUAUACCAGCCUCGCAGAUUCUCACUGAACCAGGAAGUUUUGUCAUCGACAAUCAAUACCAACCAUCCACGACCUAUCCAACACAGAGCUAUGAGCAGAGCACAACGAUUUACGAAUCCCAGGAUCAAGGCUAUGAUCUUGACAACUUUGUUGCCGCUUCGGUUAAAAACAAUUCAAUUCACACGGAUGGCAAUGCAUACGACUCGUGGACACUUGAAUCAAAUGAUUUCGUAUACGCUACCACCACGCCCGAAGUGUACAUCAAUACCGAGGCGGAAACCACCACUACUAUUAGACCAGACUUUUACUCAUCGACGGAAUCGCCACAGAGCAAUGAUGUGGAGUUCAUUGCAUCCGUGCAGACCAGCAAACAGACAUCGUCAACUAAACUGUGGCCUCAGAAGCCACGUGACCGAGAAACGCCGAAAAGAAUGUUGGAUUCUCCAAUUCAACACCUGGGUGGAGGUUUGGCCCAACCAAGGCCCUUUACAAGGGAUCCCGCCGAUCUGGGCCUAAGAGUUGGGGCUAAAAAUCAUAAAUUUAACGAACAGGCAGGAUAUCAACAAAAUUCAGUAUCGCCAGCCUCACCCACGCCAACAUCAACUUAUAGUUCGAUAGAUGCCAGUGGGCAUUAUGCGGGCAUGUCACCUCCUGCUUUGCCCACUCAGGGCAACAGACAGCCCCCCUUCAUACCAUUCACUACCAAAGUUCAGCCACGCCCAUUUGAGCCAACAAAAAAUAUCACCACAAAACCUCCAGCAACACCAUCCUUCGCCGAUUGGAUUCAAGCCCAAAAUUCCGAUCUACACACGCCGGCGGAGACAAUGUUGGUCAACGUCAAACUUAAUCCGAUUACGACAACGACAGUCAAACCUCGCCCUACUAAAUAUUUGACGAAGAUUCUUGCCUCCAAUCUCAGAGAACUGCUACAGCGGGAGCACACUCCAUCCACAAAGCUGAAACAGAGUCCCAAUUCAUUGAACUUCGACUUGCAGACGUUGCAGAAAAAUAUCGAUGACUGGACAGAACAAGAAUACACCUCGCUAUCCCAUCGUCCCAGUACGCCAACAAUUUUAGGUCGAUCGAAACACAUACCAAAGGAAUAUUUGCCGUCCACAGCAACAACUGUGACGACAACAAAGCCAACUGUAAAGCCACAGAGGCAAUCUAAGACCACGAAGGGAUUUCUGGAUACGUCAGAACUGUCGGCGUCCGUCAAUAGCUUGGAGCCUUUGUACGAAAGGAAACAUUUCCAGUUCACAGCCAUAAACGACAAUCACUUGCAGAAUGCCUACGACGACGGUCAAGAAGUCUCAAGGCAUAAGACAACUACCAUCACACCACCUUCUACACACCCAACAACCACAACAGUGGCACCAACCACCACCCCCACCACAUCUUCCAGUUACUCGACAACAACAACACGUAAACCAUACUAUCAGCAAGAUGUAGAAGAGGUGGAGCCGGAGGAACUUUGGCGUAAGGCCAAGGUUUCAAUAUCGCCAAAAACCAAGGAGAAGGUCUAUGUGGUAACGCCACAGCCCGUAUUCUUUCCCCAACGACAAAUCUCCUCGACAUCGACGACAACGACUGAGAGACCAUUUAGUGGAUUUGGAAGUGGCUUUAAAUCGCCCAGAUUUUUAGUAAGACCCACCCCGGGAAAUGUUACUGCCAGUAAUCUUUUGAAAAUUCUAGGUACUGACAAUAGCAGCAAAGGCAAAUAUCGUUUUGAUCUCUCCCAGGAAGUGUUCAGUAAUGCAUUCUUCUUGCCCGAUCACGUUGGCUUGAGAGGUCUUUCGGCAUAUGUGCCCUCGGAACCGGUGGAAAUAAUAGACGGCAAUUCCAAAGUAAAGCAUUUUAAAGCGAACUGAAGUCGUUGAUUUAUUCCUU